UUCAGCGCACGCAUAGCUCAACUCUCUGAACCAAUGGAUCCUUCUUCACGACAUUCUGCUAAAGAGGUAGGGGAUGGAUUUGCAGAGAGAUACUAUAAGACCUUGCAAUACUAUCCGGGGCUUCUUUAUCGCUACUAUAACGAUGUCAGUAAGAUUACACGGCCUGGACUUGAUGGAACGAUGCGUUCCUCUACCCUACAGGACAUGAUCAAGGAUCUUGAUAUGCUAUCUUCUGGUGGUUUUGAUUCGGUUGAGGACCUUGAGGUAACCAGUUUCAUGUCCCAAGAAUCUCAUAGUGGGGGUAUCCUCGUCACUGCUGAUGGCUUCUUCACUUCACACGAGAGACCUGCAAGGAAAUUCACACAAAACUUCUUUCUUGCUCCCCAAGAAAAUGACUACUUUGCUUUGACCGACAUGUUCAAGUUUGUUGAUAUACCCGAGGCUAAUGACAUUAAGGACUUGAGUGUGAUUCCUGCAGUGCCCAAAUCUACCACCACCAACACUGAAAAGGAUGAGGUUAUAGACCGUCUUGUAGCUCUCAAGGUCGAGACCCGUCUUAUAGAAGCAGUUCAAGCCGUUAAAACCUCUUUUGAUCAAAUACCACCUGAUAACACUUCAGACAUCUUCUUCAGAAUCCCGAAACGCUAUUACCCGAUCGUCGCCUGUGUUUCUAAGGCUUUCAAAAAUCUUGUUAAGUCGCCAGAGCUACAACAACAGAGACGUCAACUCGACAAAGAUUCGGUAUAUUUUUGUUUUAACAAUGGCUCCCCUAAUCCUGCUGAAUCUAUGACCUGGUUCAGUCUUCGAAAGAGCAAUGAUAAUCCUAAUGAUGACGUCUUUUCCGAAGCACUUGUUGUGCCCAAUGAUCAUGAGUGCACCAGAACACUCAGAAAUAUUUUCUCGUGUGGUUCAGAAAUUAUUUUGGUUGGGAGAACAUUCAAGCUAACUAUAGGACCUGAAUGCCAAGUUUGGAUUUUUGACAGCAUCUGUGGAAGGUUACGGGAAGCACCUUCUCUGCCCUUAGCGCUACAUUACUGGAACUCGGGACUCGUAAGAGACGACUUGUAUGUCUUUGGAACACCUUUGAAGGCUGAUACUCUGCGAGAACGUUUUCAAGUAUAUGGAAUCAGGUUCAAUCUCCUGUCCCAAACGUGGUCUGAUCCAUUCCCAACAAAAAUGCAGUUCUCGGCAUCAACUCAAUCCGUUGAUAAGAACAUUUACCUUUUGACACGGGAAGGACUUUAUCAGGUAUACAACAUUAGUAAUGAUGUAUUCACUUCUUAUAGGGAGCCUUAUAAGUCUCAUACUGCUUGGACGACAUGGACAAUGAGUAGUGUUUGUGUGUUUGAAAACGUCUUCUACUCUUAUGAUGCUGUGUAUGGACUGCACUGGUAUGACACCAAGCUUAAUCAGUGGAAAGCUGUUACUGGUAGCACGAUGGGAAGGAUUGGGCAUGGUUUGCUUGGGAAGACUUGGUCAAUCGCACUUAAGGAAUAUUACGGAAAGCUAGUUCUGUUGUGGACAGUUAGGCCAGAAGAAAUUGCUGAGGAUGCUAGGAUGACAGUUUAUUACACUAUGAUUGCAUUAAGAAGAACCGAAACAGAGAUUUAUGGAGAGGUCGACGAAAUUAGAACUUUGGAUCAUGAUGCUGAGAAAAUUGGUGAUUACCCGGUGACGGUACGGUGUACCAGGAUCGCUCUCGAAAGGAACGGUACAGAGAUCUAUGGAGAAGUCUCAGAGAUUAGAAAAGAAUGCACGGUCGUCCGACGUCCGAGGAAUGCGGCUUCGAAGCCAGAAGCCUCCGCUGCUAAAGCGUUUAAGCUCCGGUCGAUCCAAUCCCAGUUCAUGUCCAACCACCAUCGAAAGAUUUACACACAGGAAGCAAUUCAAUUAAGCGCGAAGCUUCUAGCAAUCAAUCCGGAGGCCUACACGGCUUGGAACUAUCGGAAGCUCGCCGUCGAGGAUAACCUUUCCCGAAUCGACGACUCUGAUCCAAGCUUGGUCAACUCAAUUCUCAAUGAAGAACUUGAAGUCGUAGCAAUUGCCCUUCGACGAAAUAUCAAGUCCUAUGGGGCUUGGUAUCAUCGAAAGUGGAUUUUGAAUAAAUAUCAAAAGCUCGAUCUCAGGAACUUUCACGCUUGGAACUAUCGCAGGUUUGUUGUGGAGCUAACCAAGACGUCACCACAGGAUGAGUUGCAGUAUACAACUGAUUUAAUCAAUGAUGUUAGUUUUAGCAACUAUUCUGCGUGGCACAAUCGUAGUGCACUUCUUUCAAGUUUAGUCGCAAAAAAGGCUGAUGGGUUUAUGCCAAAGGAAACGAUUCGUCGUGAAUUAGAUUAUGUACAUAAUGCUAUUUUUACGGACGAAGAUGACCAAAGCGCCUGGUUUUAUUAUCUCUGGCUUCUUGAUCAAACUGUUAAAAUGGAGACUCCUCUUCGCACUUCCUCGUGGCCUUCUGAUGGUUCCAUUAUCAUUCUAUCUGGACCUGGGUGCUUCAAUGGCUCUUCUUCUUCUAAGUUCACUACUUUCUGUUCCGAGUCUGCUUCUUUUCCACUGAUUCUUUACUUUGACCAAGCCGUCAGUGGAGUAAGCUCGUCUACUGUUACUAUUGAUUCUGAACUACAAGGAAAUCAGGACCUUGUUUGGGAACCAGUUUCGGAUAAAAACUCUCAACUGUCUUGUGUAUGGGUUGCUCGUCUGAAAUUUGACAGUACUGAACCUUGCUUUCGCAAGGAAAACAAAGUGAAGGUCAGCCUUGGGAAGUCUCAAGGAAUUGUUUCUUCCAGGGGAUGUAACUUGAGCGCUCCUUUUGAGUUUGUAUUUACAGUGCAUAUUCAUGACACUGUCGGAGAGCCACAAGAAGGCAUUGUUUCGUGGACGGAUGGUUUUGACAAUUGGGAUGCACAGUCGAAGGAUUUGAAUUCUCUUAUCACCUCGUAUCAGUUAAACGCUGAUACAGGUUUUGAGUGGCGUAAGCAAGCUAUAAAGACAGAGAUUGAAUGUUUUCGUGAUUUGCAUGACAGCAAAUUUGGAAAGCUCAUUCUUGCAAGGCUUUUGAUGGCUGAGGAAACUAUGAUCUCGGAUGAUGCUGUUAAGGGUGUCCAUUAUGUUGAAAUCCUCCAGCUGUAUAACGAUCUGAUGGUUCUUAAUUCUUCGCAUUACCAGUACUACAAGGAUGAGCACAGCGUAGCUCUUCUCCACAAGGUGACUUCAAGCACCGAAUCCCUGUCCAGACACCUCUUUCUGUACAGGAAUAUGAACAAUAUUGUAUGUCUAAGGCUCAGUAACUUAACAUUAUCUCGGAUAGCCACUGUCGAGAAGUUUCUAUUUGUCCAAAUGUUAGAUCUCAGUUACAAUGACCUUCAUUCCGCUGAAGGAUUGGAGGCGAUGCAGCUUCUCUGUUGCCUAAAUCUGUGUCACAACAGAAUCAGGAGCUUUUCAGCCCUUGAUUCUCUAAGACAUCUGAAGCAGCUUAGAGUGUUGGAUGUUUCACAUAACGACAUGGGCGGCAAGCACCCAGUGGACACAACAGGGUACCUUUGUUCUAGGCCGCUCUCUAAUUCGGCUGAAAUUGGAAGACAGGUGCCUUGUAAAUACUGGGAUGCGUAUUUGGUGCUUAGAGAUUUGAAGAAACUGAAGCAGUUAGAUAUAAUAAGAGGCAACGACCUAAUUGCAGGGGAAGAGUUCAGCUCCUUUGUCCGCCAGGUUCUUCCAAAGCUUGUAUGGCUUGAUGGCCACAAACUCGCUAGUUAAAAUAUAAAUGUUAGGCCACUUCCUUUUUUUUCUUUUUAAUCUAUUGUUUUUUGGUUCAGUUUGAUGAUCUUAAAUAAGAAAACCAAGUCAAGUCUAUAAAAA